AUGACUUUUUCUGUCGGCCGAGUGCUGGUCAGGGCAAGGUUAAAGGCGUUAAAGGAGAUGCUCGCAGGGCGCGUGCUGGUCCCCCAGGGCGUCCUCUUUUCCCUGUUGGAACUGGAGUUCCUGGUAACGCAAGCCUGGCCGCCGCCGCAUUAUGGCACUUGCUCCUGCGGCCACAAAGGCGCUGACGACGUCGAAAUUAAUAUAUUGGUCGUGGGCGGUGCCGUUCCCUUGCCGCGUACUGGGCAGGCGAGGGCGGCUGCGACGAGAACCUCCCUGCUGCUGGACGAGGGCGGUGAAAAAGAUACUAGUAUACUUGAAGCAGAUGAAGAAUCUCAGCUUGAAGCAGCUAUUAAGGCAUCCCUUGCUGAGGCUGAGGAGAAGAAAGACAGAGUGACAGCUGCUGCUACUCAGGACACAGAUGAAGAGGAAGAGGAGGACCCAGACACUCUGGAGACUUUCGAAUCAGACUCAGAGGAUGUGGAUUAUUCCUUGAAGGAUAUUCAACCUACUCAGAAAGAAUCAUUGAAGAGAACAUUUAAUGGUGAAGCAAAAAUUAUUAGAAAAAUUUCCUCCAGUAUAGGGGACAGUUCAACAAACAGCAGUGAAAGUAUAGCAUCAGGAGAAAAUUCAUGUGAGGCUGAGAAUUCUUCUGGUAGUGAGGAUGACUGGAAAAUGUACCUUGGUCCGGAAACAGACCCUAUUUCCAAGCUGAUGCUGAGGCUGCCAGAUGGCUCCAGAGACAUCAUCAGCAUGCCCUCUUCCUCAAAGUUAAUGGCACUUAUAAAGUAUGUUGGCAGCAAAGGUUACAGCAAUGAGCAGUAUGAGCUGGUGACCAACUUCCCCCGGCGAGAAAUCUCAUACAUGGAUUUCAACAUUACCCUAAAAGCAGCUGGACUCUUCCCGCAAGAAGCCGUUUUCAUCCAGUCCAGAUAACCUUGCCAUGUACAUAAGUAAUUAUGUUUUGUGAGUAGAGCAAUGGAAUAUAUGACUUGUCAAACAUUUUAAACAAGGUUAAUCCUGAGAAAUAUGAAUACAACUGGAUGUUUUGAUGUAAAGAUUCUCCCUUUAUGUUUGUGAGAAUAAACUUGACUUUUUGCAAGUGAUAGGUUAGAAAUUGAUGAUACUGCAAUGAGUUCUAUCCUUCAUUCCAUAAUGGGCUAACAAUUGACUCUGCAUUGUAGAUCUCAUGUAAUGAAUGAUAUAGAUAUUUAGAUUAAUGUGAUCACAGUGUUCAAAAGAGUUGGGUAAAAACUGUUCACUGCCACUUUCGGCUGUGUUAGGAACUAAUGGUUCCCCUUUAUAUGACAGCAUUACUAGUAUAUUGUUUAUUAUAUCUUAUAAUAUAACAUUUAUUCCACACAGAAUUGUACUUUGAAUAAGUCUUUGCCAACCGUCUGGCUGCUCCACUUAAUUCUGCUUUCCAUUAGACUCAUUUCAUAUUUGCAAUGAAGUCUCAGAGUAUAUUUUACUUCACAGUUACUAUAUUUGCAAUUGAGAAGAAUGGUUUGGUUAAGCAACAAAUAGUUGUCACCAUGCAUUUUUGCAAUAUAAUUUGCCAAAGUGUUUGCAAGAGACUUUGAUGAAAGUACAGAAACACAGGUAGGUGGGUUUACCUCUCUGUCAUGAUCAUAUUUACUCAUCCAUCAUAUGUUCCUUUGGCAUACAAUACAACGGUUGGAUAUAAUUUUUGUGUCAUCAGACAUAAUUUUUAAAAUGCUAAAUGCAUUAAGAGAAUGCAGAUUAAUUAGUGAAAUCUUGUGUAUGGUAGGAAUAAUCCUAAUCCACAUUAUUUAUUUUUCCCAUUGCAAUGUCUAUUCUCAAGAGAGAAGUUCUGUUUAUACAGGGUACACUAUUCAUAUUUUACAAUAGCUCGAAACUGCCAGUCUCUCAGGAGACAUAACUCUAAGAGGUAUCCAUCAAAAGAGAGCUUAAGACAUAUUUAUUGUGAUAUUGUCAAAACUCUCAGUGAUUCAACAAUACAUCAUUUAAGUGAAUGAAGCUGCAUAUAUACUAUUGAAGUGAUGCUGUGCAUAAAAGUCAGUCUAAUAUUUUAAUUUUUUAGGAUAACUUAUUUAUUUGAAAAUCAACUUUGCUUGUACAGGUUGUCCUGAAAAUAUAUCAUGUAAUAUGUG